AUGGCGAGUAGUGGUGGUGGCGGCGACGAAGACGCCGAUGCGGUGCUCAGCGACGUAGAGGGCGACGAUCCGGUGCCGAUCGUGAUUAAGAAUUCGUCGCCGGAACAAAUCUCCGCCGACCGGUUCCGCGAGCUGCUCGCCGAGCUAGAUCGCGAGCGGCAGGCGCGGGAGGCGGUGGAGAAUUCGAAAUCGGACCUGCAAGUCCAGUUCGGGAGAUUAAAGGCUCUGGCGCACGAGGCGAUUAGGAAGCGAGACGAGUGGGGGAGGCAGAGAGACGAGGCCUUGCGUGAGAAGGAAGAACUGUCCAGAACGAACGAGAAGGUCUCGGCGGAAUUGGCAGAAGCUAAUAGAGCUAGAGACGAGGCUUUGCAGCAGAAGGAUGAGAUUGCGAAGCAGUUAGACGACGUCGUUAGGGAGAAGGAUGGAAUGAGGGCUGAGAUUGGGAAUUCCACGCAUAUGCUCAUGUCUGGGAUUGAUAAGAUUUCAGGUAAAGUUAGUAAUUUCAAGAAUUUCGCGGCGGGGGGAUUGCCGAGGUCGAAUAAGUACACCACCGGAUUGCCGGCGGUGGCUUACGGGGUUAUAAAGAGGACGAAUGAGAUUGUGGAAGAGCUUGUUAGACAGACUGAGGCCACUGCCAAGUCUAGGAACGAAACUAGGGAGCAGAUGGAUCAGAGGAACUAUGAGAUUGCCAUUGAGAUUUCGCAGCUGGAGGCCACCAUUGGUGGUUUGAGAGAAGAGGUUGCGAAGAAGACGUCUGUGGUUGAGAGUUUGGAGAAAAGUGUUGCAGAGAGGAGUGGGAAAAUGUCGGAGAUUGAGAGGGAGAUGGAGGAUAAGUUGAGAAGGGCGGAGAGUGAGGCUUCCGAGUUGAGGCAGUUAGCUAGAGAGUAUGAUGAUAAGUUGACGAAUUUGGACUCGAAAAUGGAAGAGCAGAGGCCUUUGCUCGUUGAUCAGUUGAAUUUGGUGUCGAAAAUUCAUGACCGGCUAUAUCAUGUUAUGAAAGUAGUUGAUGCCAACAAUUUGGAUCAGUCAGAUUAUUCGGAAUCCCUAUUUCUCCCUCAAGAAACAGACAUGGAGGAGAACCUGCGUGCAUCUUUGGCUGGGAUGGAAUCUAUUUAUGAAUUAACGAGGAUUGUUAUGGAAAAAGCAAGGGAUUUGGUUGAGGAGAAGAAUCAUGAAAUCAAGAGUUUGGAUGAAACAGCGUCUCGGUUAGUUAAAGAAAAGGAACAAAUUGGAUCCUUACUUAGGAGCGCUUUGUCAAAUAGGAUGACAUCAAAUCCAUCUUCUAAGACAAGGGAAUUGUUUCAAGUUGCAGAGAAUGGUUUGAGGGAGGCUGGGAUAGAUUUUAAAUUUAAUACGCAUAUGGGGGAUCGGAAAGUGGAUGCACUUGAGGCCGAGGAGGAUGAAGUAUACACAUUAGCUGGUGCUUUGGAGAAUAUUGUUAAGGCAUCUCAGCUGGAGAUUAUAGAGCUGCAGCAUUCUGUGGAAGAACUAAGGGCAGAGCUGAGUUUACUUAAACAGCAUGUAGAGGCCCAAGCUAAGGAGCUCGACCAUAGAAUGCAUAAAAUUGAGGAACUUGAAGAGAAGGAGAGACUAGCGAAUGAAAGUAUUGAAGGGCUAAUGAUGGACAUUGCUGCUGCUGAAGAAGAAAUUACAAGAUGGAAAGUCGCAGCAGAGCAAGAAGCUGCUGCAGGCACAGGUGUAGAACAAGAGUUUGUGGCACAGUUAUUGGCACUUAAGCAGGAACUUGAAGAGGCAAAGCAGGCAAUUGUGGAGUCAGAGAAGAAGCUCAAGUUCAAAGAAGAGACAGCAGAUGCUGCCAUGGCAGCUAGAGAUGCUGCGGAGAAAUCCUUAAGAUUGGCAGACUCGAGGGCAUCCAGGCUCCGAGAUAGAGUAGAGGAGCUUACCCGUCAACUUGAAGAAUUUGAAAAUCGAGAGGACUUAAGGAGAGGCCUGGGUGGACCUAGAUAUAUAUGUUGGCCCUGGCAGUGGCUUGGGCUGGACUUUGUAGGGUUCAGUCGCUCUGAUACAGAACAGCAGAGUAGUUCAAAUGAAAUGGAGCUUGCUGAACCUCUUUUAUGAGUAACACUCUUUAUAGUUUUUAUUUUGUGUAUUUACUGUGAACUUUCAAAAUUAGAACAGUAAAGAAAAUGCUAGUUUCUAACAGAUUUACUUGUCAAGGUUCCCCACUGCAGUGAUAAACGUUGUAAUCGAUUGAUUUUGCGUGGUGGGUACUUCCAGCCGAAGUGAAUCUUUCAUAUUGAUGCCUUCAGGCUUCAGGGGAGUUUCCGCUAAUCUUGUUACUGUAAUGUAGUUUUUGUUUUCUUUUUAAAUUUAAUUUAGUAUUACUGUUCAUAUUCAGUUUUACGAAAGGCUUGAGAAAAGUUUGAAUGGAAGGUGGUUGAAAA